AUGGAGGAGGAUCGUCUUUUUGAUGAGCGUGUUUCUAUUAGAGAAUCUGCCCGACCAUUAAAAAAAUAUGGGAGUACUUGCAACCACAUAAAAAGGAACGAAGAGUACAUCAAACACGUAAUGUCCAAGGGAGAUACUUUGCAAGGAAUAGCUCUAAAAUAUGGUGUUACAAUGGAGAAGAUUAGACGGGCGAACCGCCUGUUUGCUACGGACAGUUUAUUCUUGAGAGAAUAUUUGUUAAUUCCUGUAACCAAGGAGUCUCCUUAUUACGAGAACGGAGAACGAGUGACCGAGCUAGCGCUGCCGAGCCAUCGCGCGUCGAUAGCUGGUAUGCCGACCAGGGACUUCUCACCUGGAAGUCCUGACGAGAAAGAGUCCUUUGAUAACUUCCUCAAUAGGCUCGACUCAUCAAUUGCGAAUAUCAAAAAGCAUGUAGAGAAAAGCAAGGAGACCAGCGAAUUCGUAAAGGACCUAGAUGAUGGCUACGUUCGUCACAGGCCGACCGCUAGGUUACGUCAGUCAGCGUCUAUGGGGGCUUCGACGUCAUAUAACGAGGUGAUCCCGCCGCCCCUGCCGCCACCCUUAACACAGGGUAGGCGUGUGGACAACUCGCUGAGGAGGCUAGAACGAGCCCACGACGACCUGUUCCAAUUGUAG